AUGUCUAGCCAAAAGCAGAUUGACCCAAAGAGGCAACAGGAGCUUCAGCUCCAGUACACCAACUUCAAGAACACCCUCCAGCAAUUAGCACAAAAGAUCGGCGAUAUUGAGCAGGAAGCAGAGGAGCAUAAGCUUGUUGUUGAGACCUUGGAUCCUCUCGAUGGAGACCGAAAAUGCUUCCGCAUGGUGAACGGCGUUCUUGUCGAACGCACCGUCAAGGACGUUCUUCCCACCCUUAAGACCAACUCCGACGGACUGAAGCAAGUAAUUGAGGAUAUGCUCAAGCAAUACAAGUCAAAGCAGGACGAGCUGGACGCCUGGAAGAAAAAGAACAAUAUCCAGGUCGUGCAGCCCUAG